AUGUUUCAUAGUGAAACUCUGCAAGAACAUAUUCUUUAUGAUAAAAUUUAUCAGUACCUCUGGGUAAAAUCUGAAACUUCGAAUCCUCCUUCUAUAUUGAUACCUGAAACAGUUAUUUUAAUACGAUCAAUGCCUAUAUAUUGGUAUUUUACAGACAGAGGAUCAGGAGAGGUGAAGAGAAAAAUGCAUAAAAAUGUAAACAAGGAGAACAUCAAAGAGAGCUGGUUGAAUUCUGUUGGCAAAUCAGGAGUUGUUGGCUAUUUAUUACAUUUUAUGUAAAUAAAUUAAGUAUUUGAAGAGAAAAUUUAGAUCUAAACUACCCAAAUGAAAAGUUAAAAGUAUGCGGAUAAAUCUAGAUUAUUUACUUUGACAAAGAAGGAUUCAUAAAAUUCAUGGAUUCAAAUGCGGAGCUUCCAUUUGGAAUCUUGCAAAAGUACGUUGAAGCUGCGGAUGAUAAAAAUUGUAAUUCAAAACAUUAAUAAAAAGCAUAAAUACAGGCUCUAUGGAGUAAAUAGAUCACGUUGUUUACAAAGAGAACGACCAAAAAGAGUUAUCUCAAUAAGUCAAUGAAUAUCUAUGAAAGACUUUGCACUUUUGAAGGGCCAGAUUAUUUAAGUGAGGCAAGUAAUUUAAUAAAUUUGAAAUUAUAGCUUAAGUCAAAGACUUUUAAUCACAGAGGAUAUCAGAGCAAAUAUAAAAAAUGAUCAAUCAUUUGGAUUCCAUAUCUUUUGGUAAGUUGAAUAUCAGCCAAGGGAUAUUCUAUUUCAAAGUUGAUAAACAAGCAAAAUGUUGGUUUUUGUUUUGUGGCAAUCUCAAAUUUGAUGGUGAAAAACACCUAAAAGAUUGUCCAAAAGACUUGUAUCAAUAAGCAUAGAUAAAAAUACCUAAAUCCAUAGAUGGAAUUAUGUCAGUCUAUAGUUAGAAACCCUAACAAUUAAAUAAGGAAUCUAAAUGUAUCAAAUGUGGAGGAGUGGAAAAAGAAAAUAAUUUUAUCCUUGUACCAUAUCAUUACAUCCUAGAAAAUGACUAGAAUACAAUAUCACCUUAAAAUUGGCCAAAUGAAAUUAAAAAGGGAGCAACAAAAAUAAAAUUGGUAAGUACAAGUUCUGGCUCAUCUGACUUAUUGAAUACAAUAUCCCAAGUUCCAUUAGUAUUAUAAAAAGUACAUGAGAAGUUAAAUUACUAAAGCUUUGAUUAAUAUAAAAAUCAUGAUGGCUUUUUACAUAAGACCUUAUAGGUUUGCUUGAAUUGUUACAUUAGUUUAGGUAUUCUUUAAAAUAACAUUUUUAAGUUGCCUUUCAAGAGAAAAAGUAGAAAGAUACUGUAAUAAAUAGCAUUAGUCCACACACAAAAAUUAAGAAAUCAUUGGGUGGAUUUACAAGCGCAAAAUCACUCUAAUAAUAUCUAAGACCUGAUAUAAAAGAGAAAAUCUACACUUAAACGUCAGACACUUGCAGGAAGUAUAAGAAUAUCAAAAUACGUCCUGUCUAAUAGUAUGUUUAACAAAGAUUGCAAAGUUUGAGUCCAACACAGAAAAGUUCUAUUGAUUUUCCUUCAUCUCCUGAUCUUCUAUCUUACCAUACUAAAUCCUCCACAUAUGAAUUAGGAAGUAACAAUAGAAAACUUCGAAAUUGUUACAAUCAAUCUCUAUAAGUGAAAUUGAAUAACUUGAAUAUAUGA